AUGCCUCGCUAUGGCUGUCAGCUCCAAGCAGUCUACAAUUCUUCAGGAGUCUACCCUUCUGGCACAACCGCAUCGUUAUCCUGCAAUCUCGGCUAUACAGUAUCUGGAACCAUGUCAAGCAUUUGCUCAGGAGGAACAUGGAUUCCAUCCACUUUAGGGACUUGCAAUCCAGGACUUAGUGGACUGGAAAACAGUGUAAUGGGGAACAGUGUGCUCACGUGUACAAAUCCCACGGUAGCGAACGGAAUUGUCAGUUACAGCAUGGGCAGCUCGUUCGAAGCAACCAAGCAGUCGGGCACAGUAGCGACACUCUCCUGCAAUUUGGGCUUUACGCUAAACGGAUCGCUGACAUCACUAUGCCAGAACGGCAUCUGGACGCCUCCACUGGGCACGUGCAUCUCGUCACUCGGAGGUACCGGUGGAACC